AUGGCGCAGAGUCUCGAAUCCAGACCGACGGUGGUGGACUUUCGCGAGGAUAGCCCGUGGGUGAAGUUGGCCAAGGCUCACUGGUUGAAUGCGAAGGUCCGCAAGGCCAAACCCGAUGUGAUCAAACAGCAAUUGUGGGAUCCGCUAGAAGCAGAGGGUUUCAACACUCGCUCUCUUCUAAUCCUAGAGAAUCUGAAUGUUCUAGAGAAGUUCCUUUGGCCGACCUACACUGAAGAUGCUUCCAAUCACCACGUCCUUCUGAUCACACUUAUCGUCAGCGUGAAAUAUCGCGAACACCUGCCUAUCUGGGACAUUUUCUCCGACCGCAGCGAUGACUUCUCAAGCCUCUUCCAUCGGAUUCUUUCCAUGAGCAUCGACCCUUCACUACCAACUCAUUCGCGCAUGUCCAUUAUCUCCUUCAUCAUCGGUGCUUUCCAGUCCCUCGAGAACGUCCUGAUCCGAAAGGAAUGCGCCCCGCUUGUUUCCAUCUCUAUCUGGCACAACUUGGCCAGCGACGAUGCCAGAGAUCGGGUUAUUGCCAAAUCUCCUGCUUUGAAAAAGGCAUGGAAGGCCGCAGGAAAGCGAUACGACGCGGGUGAUGAGGCUACCAAGGCCAAGAGCCGAUUCGAACGGUCUUGGCUGUAUACUAUGCUGCUAGAUUUCCUGCAGAAAUUGAACGGCCCAGAGAAGCAACAGACAGAGAAUUUGCUGUAUUGUGAGCGAUUUUUGGAGCUGCUUGUAGACCUUUUGAGCCAGCUGCCUACCCGGCGCUAUGCCAAUACGCUUCUCAAGGACCUCAAUCUUCUACCUGUCAUUCGCUUGUCGCAAUUGUACCGCACACCAGAGAAUGCCCUUUUCCGCGAUCUCUACGAGCUUCUCAAGCAUUUCAUCAAUUUUGCCAUUGAUGAUUACUCAGGAGAUGCUUUAUCCCCCCAGGCAGUGUAUGAUUUGCACUGCAAGGAGCUUGCUCAUCUGCAGAGAACCUCUAUGAAAUUUUUCAAAGAUAAGCUGAUGAUUCUCGCGCUCUCUAACUUGGGAUCAAUUGAUAAGCGGAUUGAGCUCGAAGGGCAGCUAUCCUCUUUGGACGAGUUAGAGCUGCAGAGCCUGUGCUCUCAUUUGGGAUUCCGGACAAUCUACCCCAAAUCAUCCAACAUCAUCUCAGAUCGCCAGCUAUGCUCGGAAGUCCUCCUCUCUUUCUAUGAGCGCAAGCUGUCCUUCCAGGAAGUUGCAGCCCAGUUGAGUGUGAUUCCCACCGAAAAGAGCCUCUACGACCCCGCGUUGUUGAGAAAUGAGACCUACGAUGGAUCCAGGCCCCUGGCGAUUCCAAAGUUGAAUCUACAAUACCUGAGCACCGGAGACUUCCUUUGGCGAUCCUUCCUUCUGUAUAGGUCCGAGGCUUUCUUCCAGAUUCGCAAGGACAUGGAAGCUCUUGUCAAGCGUAUGCAACCCCGAGCGAACCGUAAUGGAGGCUUGAGCUUUGAGGGAUUCUCACGUAUGGCAAUCCCUAUCUCUAAGCCUGCUAUUAUCGAAGUUGCUCCUGCAAAGGUGGGUUCACCAAACCCGGCCUUCGUUCGUGCAGAGAUCGCAAUUGAAGUGGGCAGACUGGCAGACAACGUCCGUAAGGAAUGGGAAUCCCUCCGCCCAGAUGACGUUGUCUACAUGUUGGCUGUUCAAUCCUCAUCACCAAUUCAGACGGGAACCCGAGAUGAUACUGCCGCGGAAGGACCAUGCAUGACUCACCUCCGUACAGCGGAAAUCGUGCAAGUUCUUGAUGAACAAGGCCGUCAGCUGCGACAGCCAGCUAGUGGCCAAACAAAUGGUUAUCAGUCUCGCCCGCGGGUCCGCAAACUUCUUGUUAAUCUAGACGCCGCGUCCUUCAAGGCCGACACAGAUCUCCAUGCUCAAGGGAAGCCGGAUAUUUAUUCUUUGAUCAAUGUGGUUGCGAGACGGAAGGGCAGAGAGAACAACUUCAAGUCAAUCUUGGAGACAAUGCAAAAGCUGAUUGUGUCUGAUAUGACACUCCCUCCGUGGCUUCAAGACAUCUUCCUCGGGUAUGGUGAUCCUGCAGGUGCUCAGUACACCCAGUUGCCUAAUCGUCUCCAAUCUGUUGAUUUCCGUGACACCUUCUUGGACUGGUCCCAUCUGGUGGAAAGCUUUCCCGGAAAGACAAUUGAACCAUCUGGAUCCGAAUCAGCCAGCUUCGGUCCUCCCUAUGUUCUUGAAUCCGUUGAGAAUGAGCCUACAGAAGCUUCCGCCCCGGCGAAGAAACGUCGUCGAGACCAGGCCGGACAAGCAGAGCAGGGCCCCAGUACCAUACGUGUCUCAUCAUACAAGCUGCCGAACCCUGGUCCCUACCCUGUUGAUGCUCCUAAGCACAAUACGGUGAGAUUCACACCUGCCCAGGUUGAAGCCAUCGCGUCCGGUACUCAGCCAGGCCUUACUGUCAUUGUUGGCCCACCUGGAACCGGUAAAACCGACGUUGCUACCCAAAUUAUCAAUAACCUCUACCACAAUUUCCCCACAGAGCGCACGCUCCUUGUUGCACACAGCAAUCAGGCGCUCAACCAGCUUUUCCAAAAGAUUGUUGCUCUAGAUAUUGACGAGCGUCAUCUUUUGCGACUGGGCCAUGGUGAGGAAGAGCUUGAUACUGAUUCCAACUACAGCAAACAUGGUAGAGUUGAAUCGUUCCUUGAUAACCGCACCAAUUACUUGUCAGAAGUCAUGCGACUGGCGGCAUCGAUUAGAGCUGAAGGGGCUCACGGGAACUCUUGUGAGACCGCGGGCUACUUCAACAUGGUCUAUGUUCAACCAGCAUGGGCCAAGUUCUGGGAUAGAGCCAACUCCGAAGAAAUUUCCACUGAGGAUAUUGUCGCCUCAUUCCCAUUCCAUGAUUAUUUCUCGAAUGCACCUCAGCCUCUGUUUGAGGCAGAUGCCUCGAAAGAGACAAUACUGGAUGUUGCCUCAGGGUGUCAAAGACACAUUGAUCGGAUCUUCACCGAGCUCGAAGAUAUUCGACCCUUCGAGAUUUUGCGACAACCUCGGGAUAAAGCUAAUUACCUUCUAUUGAAAGAGGCCCGGGUGGUUGCAAUGACAUCGACACACGCAGCAAUGCGCCGACAGGAAAUUGCGGACUUGGGUUUCCACUAUGAUAACGUGGUCAUGGAAGAGGCGGCUCAGAUUACCGAAGUGGAGAGUUUCAUCCCCACCGCUCUUCAAAACAUGAAGAACGGCGAACUGCCUCUUAAGCGUGUUGUUCUCUGUGGAGAUCAUUUCCAGAAUUCUCCAAUCAUCCAGAAUAUGGCCUUCCGACAGUACGCGCACUUCGAGCAGAGUCUGUUUCUCCGCCUGGCCCGACUAGGUGUGCCCGUGAUAACUCUGGACAAGCAAGGCAGAUCCCGGCCAAGUAUUGCAGAGCUCUUCCGCUGGCGCUACCAAGAGUUGGGCGAUCUCCCAUCGGUGGAAACCCUGCCGGAAUUCCAGCAGGCGAACGCUGGCUUCCAAUUCGAUUAUCAGUUCAUCAAUGUUCCUGAUUAUCAAGGCACUGGCGAACGCGAGCCGACUCCUUACUUCAUUCAGAAUCUGGGCGAAGCAGAGUAUGCGGUGGCUUUGUACCAGUAUAUGCGUCUGCUGGGUUACCCAGCCACGAAGAUCUCGAUUUUGGCUACGUAUGCUGGACAAACGGCUUUGAUCCGGGAUGUAUUGAAUCACCGCUGUGCUAAGAACCCACUGUUUGGUCUUCCCAAGAUUGUGACAACUGUGGAUCGGUACCAAGGAGAACAGAAUGAUUACGUCAUCCUUUCGCUGACUCGCACCCGCACUGUUGGAUACUUGCGCGAUGUCCGCCGUCUGACCGUGGCCCUGUCACGUGCUCGGCUGGGUCUAUACAUUCUUGGUCGCCGAGAGGUCUUUGAAUCCUGCUACGAGCUUAAGCCUGCAUUUGAUCGUCUUUUGCAACGCCCCGACAAGUUGAUGCUUGCUCCGGGUGAGAUGUUCCCAACCACUCGAGCGCUGGACGCUGACGUCGCGGGCACCCCUAUGGAAGGAGUCGAACAUCUCGGUCAGUAUGUGUUCGAGAUGACGCAAGCCAAGGUUAAGGCUAUGGGUGAUGGAGAGAUGAUCAUUGAUGAUGCUGCCCCUAAUGGUGAGGAAGGUCUUCUAGACGAAGAUGAGGAUAUGAUGGGUGCCGAUGAAGACGAGGAUGCAGAUAUUGUAUGA